CAUAUACCUACUUAAUCAACUAGCAUUGCAUAAAUAUUGUAUACAUCCUUCUAUAUUAUUAACCUCCCUCCGGUUUCCUAAACAUGACUGUGUCCAAGUUCAAGUUCGCGCCCGUCGAGUCUUGCUGCACCUGUGCAACUCUCCUUAGCAAAGUCCCUCGAUAUAGCAUCUCGGAGAAGCCUCUACCUCAAGAUCGCGAGUUAGAGUGCUGUCGAAGAGUAAUAUGCGGACACUGUCGUAAUACCAACCCUCGCUUCAACACCUACUGCCCCUACUGCCAGAUCUCAAUAACAGACACGAGUCUCCCCCAAGGCUUGAAAGAUCCCCCUUCGUACGAAUCCUCGAUCGCAACUAGUUCCUCCAAAGCCGAUUCGGCAGCCCCGCCACCUUACAUGCCUCCCGUAAACCAAAUGACCCCAGACCCGUUAGAUGAGAAGUCUGUCCCGCUCGACUCUUCCGAGCCGGCGGAGGAUACCUUGCACUUCCUAGACCACGCACACGAUUCCAUUGCCUCAUUAUCCCUUCGUUACGGUGUCCCCGCAUCCGCCCUUCGACGCGCGAACAACAUAACAAGUGACCACCUCAUUCUAGGUCGACGGACCGUGAUAAUACCCGGGGAAUAUUACAAAGGGGGCGUGAGCCUGUCACCGCGGCCGAUCGAGGGUGAAGAAGAGGAAGCUCGGAAAUCCAAGAUACGACGUUGGAUGGUGGCGUGCAAAGUCCACGAAUACGACGUUGCCGUCCUCUAUCUAGAGCAGGCUGCAUAUGACCUUGAAAUGGCAACCGAGGCAUUCUUUGCGGAUGAGGCGUGGGAACGAGCGCACCCCGUUGAAGCAGCAAAAAGAGGCAAAGGAGUUGCUAAACGUGCAAACAGUAGAAGUGCAUUUUGGAGAGGACAUAGGUAAUAGAGAAUUCAUCAACUGAUUGUAAAUGUUGUCCAAGUAGACUUGGGGGUUUGGCCUCUUUGGAUUGUACAUAUAA